UUCAUGUUGAGCUUGGAGCUGGAUGCGGGAGCUGAGGGACACUGGAGAAAUGGGCGGGGACACUUACUCUACGCCAACCGUAGGGCGGACGAAUUGCUCCGGAGAACUUAUUUACCCUCUUCGAACAAUCCCGGAAGAAAAUUGCCUGGGUUUCAAGGAGAAGAGGAUAUGGAGGCAGAAAGACUUAGGUUCGGAUUCGGCUUCCACCACUUCUUAGCGGUAUGCCAAGAAGCCCUUUCACACAGAUGUCCUUAGAGAUAUGGAUCAGUCCGGAGUUCUCCUCUGGGUGAAAGCAGAGCCCUUUAUCGUGGGUGCCUUGCAGGUCCCCCCUCCAUCCAAGUUCAGCCUUCACUAUCUCAGGAAGAUAUCCACUUACGUGCGAACCCGGGCCACAGAGGGGGCUUACCCACGCCUGUCCUGGUCUACAUGGAGGCACAUUGCAUGUGGGAAGCUGCAGCUGGCCAAGGAUCUGGCAUGGCUUUACUUUGAAAUAUUUGAUAGUCUUGCAGUGAAGACACCGGAAGAGCGCCUGGAAUGGUCCGAGAUUCUGUCCAACUGCAUGUCUGAGGAUGAAGUCGAAAAGCAGAGGAAUCAGCUUUCAGUGGACACCCUACAGUUUCUGCUCUUCUUAUAUAUGCAGCAGUUAAACAAGGUUUCCCUGAGGACAUCUUUGAUUGGAGAAGAGUGGCCUAGUCCCAGAAAUAGAUCUCAGUCUCCUGACUUGGCUGAAAAAUCCAGUUGCCAUAAUAAGAACUGGAAUGAUUACAGUCACCAAGCAUUCGUCUAUGAUCAUCUGUCUGAUCUCCUUGAGCUGCUUUUAGAUCCAGAACAACUCACUGCAUCAUUUCAUUCAACCCAGAGUAGCCUAGUGUCCCGAGAAGCUGUUGUGGCCCUCAGCUUUCUCAUUGAAGGUACAGUGAGUAGAGCCAGGAAGAUCUAUCCACUUCAUGAACUUGCAUUGUGGCCACCACUACAUGCAGAAAGCGGCUUCUCAAGGAUCUCUAAGACCUUUUCUUUCUACAAGCUGGAAGCCUGGCUGAGAACCUGUCUGACUGCGAAUCCAUUUGGUACCUCUGCUUGCCUCAAGUCUGGAAAGAAAUUGGCUUGGGCUCACCAAGUUGAAGGGACGACAAAAAGAGCUAAGAUUGCUUGUAAUACUCAUGUGGCUCCUAGGAUGCGCCGCAUGGUGGUGAUGAGCCAAGUUUACAAGCAGACCUUGGCCAAGAGCUCAGAUACUCUGGUGGGGGCACAUGUAAAGAUUCAUCGCUGCAAUGAGUCUUUUAUAUACCUGCUGUCUCCCUUACGAUCUGUGACCAUUGAGAAGUGCAGGAAUAGCACGUUUGUCUUGGGCCCCGUCCAGACUGCUCUUCACCUCCACAGCUGUGACAAUGUUAAAGUCAUUGCUGUCUGCCACCGUUUGUCCAUCUCUUCUACAGCAGGUUGCGUCUUUCACGUUCUAACGCCUACGCGCCCACUUAUUCUCUCUGGAAACCAGACAGUAACUCUUGCCCCUUUUCAUACCCAUUACCCAAUGCUGGAGGAUCACAUGGCCAGGACCGGCCUCGCUACAGUGCCUAACUAUUGGGAUAAUCCAAUGAUUGUGUGCAGAGAGAACAGGGACAUAAGUGUCUUCCGACUCUUACCGCCUUGUGAAUUCUAUGUAUUCAUUAUCCCCUUUGAAAUGGAAGGGGAUACGACAGAGAUCCCUGGGGGUCUUCCGUCUGCGUAUCAGAAAGCACUGCGUCAAAGAGAACAGAAGAUACAAAUCUGGCAGAAAACUGUGAAGGAGGCUCAUUUGACAAAGGAUCAGAGGAAGCAGUUCCAGGUACUUGUGGAGAACAAGUUUUAUGAGUGGUUGAUUAAUACAGGACAUCGCCAACAGCUGGACAGUCUCGUGCCCCCCGCCGCGGGCUCCAAACAAGCAGCAGGAUAAGACCCUACACGGAAACACCGGGCUCUGGAAACAUGAGGACAAAUGGAAGAUGGUACACAUCUUGAAACUAAAUUGGGAAGAUGCUCUUGCUGCUUAAGAGAUAUUGGGGCGUUUUCCUUCCCAUUUAAGACCAUUCCUUGAUUUCCAUUCCAUACUCAUGUAUUACUGCUUAUGUCGAAUUUUAGAUGAACUUCUAUCAUAUAAACAUUGUUUACAGAACAUCAGGAAGCUCAUCUUUGUGCUGCCAAAAUGAAGGAGUUGAUGAAGGCAAUUUCAUUGUAUUUAUGUUAAUACUAAAGUGACGGAAUGUGGAUUUGCAAGUAAACUUCACAUUUUAAUUUGUAUGAUGAAAGGGUCUCAUCCUUUCUAGAGUUAAAUGAGAGUUUUAUAGUUCUUUAUAACUGUUUGAAAGGAAAUUGCUACUCCUUUUAAAAAUUAAUUGGAAUGAAAGUAUAGUUUGUUGGUGUAGAAGUAUAGCGGAGAUAGUUUUAUACAAAGAUAUUUUAGUCCUUAAAAGUAUGAAGCAAUGAAAUUGUGUAAAAUCCCUAUUUUUCAUUUUGUGCUUCAGAGUUUCAAUAAGCAAAACUAAAAAGUAAUUUUCUCCUUUUGAGAAAAAGAGGAUUACUUUUAAUUUUAGAAAAGGUUUUAUGGGGAGGAAAGAAUUUUUCCUCUAUCUUUCUAGGUUCUUUUGGCUAGUUUAUUGACAUAAGACAUAUUAACAGGAGGAAAACAAUUCUAAGUAGAUACCUAUGGGAGCCUCGUAAGGACAGGAGACCCAGGAAUGAGGCAGUCGCAGCUUAUCUGCCACCCUGAGCUAAGGAAUGGGUGCGUUAUGGGCCUGGGCUGCAAAGGCGAGGAGGGGGUUCCCAGGAGGAGAAGAGAUGUGUGGCAGAGGUUUGUCUGGUCAUACCGGUGAGUCCUUCAGAUUAAAAGUUCUCUCUGGUAGUAGCUCCCCUUCUGGGCCAGGCCCCCGAUCUGAAUUAUUUUAGGUAGUUAAGGGAGAAGCAAAGUUUUUCUUGAAUCUGCAGGAUCUCGUUUGCCUUCAGCUCCAAAUAAUCUACAUGCUUAAGUAGCACAUUUUGGGGUCAUGUAUUCAGCUCCUUCUCAAAUCCCGAUGUCCUUCUGUGAUAUAAAAACAAAGUUUACAUUUGAUUGGGAAAGCUGUAUUCUUUAAGAUAAAGGAAAAUAAUUAUUAAAUUAUUAUUAAAUUAUUACAUGAAUCUGCUGAUAAAUAUUGUUUCAUAUGCUCACUGGUUGUUAAAUUAGUAAUUCUUUUUUAAAAAGGGCUUGAUUUUUUUCUUUCUAUAGUGAAAGCUAACCUUUAGAAUGUGUGUUAAUUCUAAUUGAGGUUCAUAGUUUUUAUUUUAAGAUGAAAUUCAAGAGAGAAUUCAAUAAAGGAACACUGGAGUUUUGGA